AUGGGUCCACGCGAAAAAGACGUGUGGAGAGACAUAUUUGAACUGUAUCGUGAUUUGCCAUGUCUUUGGAAAACUAACCACGACCAUUAUCACAACAAAGACAUGCGGUCGCAGGCCAUGUCGCUAUUACAUGAGAAAUACAAAUCUUUUGACAAAGACGUUACAUUAGCCGUUUUCAAGAAAAAAUUAGAGAAUAUGAGGACAUCGUAUGGAAGAGAAAGAAAGAAGAUUAUGAAUUCUACUCAGACGGGUGCCAGUUCUGAAGAUGUGCAUGUGCCCACACUAUGGUACUAUGAGCUACUUACUUUUUUGGAUGAAAAAGAUAUAGCUGCCCGGAGUGGUAUGGAAACUGGAGUAUCUGAUGAUGAGGUAAGCUUAACUAUUUAUAUUUUUUUCUCAUUU